AUGUUCCGGCCCGCAGUUCUCGCACGACCGGCCGCUACAAGACGCUAUGAAUACGGCUAGUUGCAGAACAGGACCACCACGAAGAACUAAGCGGGAAAAGAAGAACUUCAAAAAUAACUGAAAUCUAAUAAUCCCCCCCCUUCCACAGCCGACCUCAAAGAGCCAUCCCCACCUCCAGAGCCACCUCCAUGGCCGGCAAAUGCCUCGCCAAACUGAAAGAGUAAUACACUUCCCUCGUCUCUAACCAAAGCCCGGAGGAGAUGGUUUCUUACCAAGAGCAAAGGAACAAGGCUGAGAUGCUUACCAGGAUACUUCGCCGAUUCCCCUCCCUCAGGAUCCGUAUGCGUUUCGAAAGCUCUCAGGAACGAAGCAAACGUGAACAGUUUGAAAUGGCGUUGUAAUCGAGAACGAUCACACGGAGAUCUGCAGGAACCUGCCUCCACCUGCAGGUGUUAAUGACGGCACCAGUCUCUGGAUUCCACUACCGAGCAGUCCCUCCUCUGUAAUGAGGUUUUUGCGAUGAGAGAGAAAGCAUCUGUGAUCCGCCCCCAUGAGCAUCCUCUCUCACUCUCUCUCGCUCUCUCUCUGCAUGGCCAGCGCACCGCCCCCUGAUUCUGCGGCAUUAACAGAAAAUGGAUGUAGCACGAUGGCGGGAUCGCGGGCGUCACGUCGGUUUCCCGCCCUUCGCCAUGGCCGCCACGAUUGGACCGUUAUCUUCGAGACCGCCCCAAGAUUACCCACGAAAUCAUUAUUAUUAUUGUGGUCCCAAGUGGUUCCCAGCCGUCCGAUCCGGAUCCACCACUGUCGCCUGAAAAUGAUCCCCACCCCCAUGGUAUAGGAUAACAAACGCGAGUAAUCUCACCGGCGGCCCCGGCCUCGCCGCUUCAAUGGUCGCGUUUCCCGCUCUUCCAUUAAAGACGUUAUUUACGGGAUCUCGGUAUGCGGGUCCCACGGAGGUCGCCCUUCCGCAUGUGCUAAUUAAUGCCGUUCCAGCGAGUCAAGGCCCAUUAAGUGAUAAGGCCCAUAUACAUAAUGGGCCGGGUUGCCUUUCACAUUUGGCCCAUUAAUAACAUUGCCACGACUGUGAGAGAGAGAGAGCAUAACAGGAAACAGGAGCAGUAAAUAUAAUAAAUACAGCAGUAGAGAGAGGAGGUAAAGAGAGUCAGAUAGUAUAGUCGGACCAGUCGGAGAUGAAGGAGGUGUGGUCCAUGGACUCGCCGGGGAUUUCGUCGAGCUUGGAACGUCCGCCGACGAUCCUCGCGGGGUUGCCGACGGCGGUGGUUCGCGGCGGCACGUCGAUGAGCACCAGAGAGCCCGCACCGACCUUCGCCCCUUCGCCGAUCCUCACGUUCCCCAGGAUCGUCGCGCCGGCGCCGAUCAGCACGCCGUCGCCGAUCUUUGGAUGCCGGUCGCCGACGGCCUUGCCGGUGCCGCCAAGCGUCACGUUGUGGAGGAUCGACACGUUGUUGCCGACGACGGCGGUCUCUCCGAUCACCACUCCCGUGGCGUGGUCGAGGAGGAUCCCGCUGCCGAUCCUGGCGGCGGGAUGAAUGUCCACGGAAAAGACCUCGGAGAUCCGAGACUGGAGCGCGAGCGCGAGCGGGCGGCGCCGCUGGUUCCAGAGGACGUGCGCCACCCGCUGGGCCUGGAUGGCGAGGAAUCCUUUGUAGUUGAGGAGGCAGCGGGAGAAGGAGUCGCAGGCGGGAUCGCGGAGGCGCGCGGCGACGAGAUCGGCGACGGCGGAGGCGGCGAGGGAAGGGUGAUCGGCGUAGGCCUGGAGGAAGAUGUCGUAGAGGAGUGUGGAGAGCAGCGUGGAGGAGCAGAGCCUGUUCGCGAGGUGGAAGGCGAGGGACCGGGCGAGGGACGCGUGGGAGAGCACCGUGGCGUAGAGGUAGCUGGCGAGCGCUGGCUCCGACUCGGCGUCGCGGCGUACCUCCGUCUCGAUCUGGCUCCACACCCACGCCUCGCUGUUCUCAGGCUCCGGCAGCGGCGCCGCCGCUCCCGGCGGCGGCAUGGCGAUGGCGGCGGCGGAGAGGUUGCAGAAGAAGAGGAAAAAAGGGGAAGCGAUUUCCCUGCUUGCUGCGUCCUUACACAGGAAGAGACGGAGAUAACGAUUAAAAAGACAGCUGAGGGGAGGAGGGCGGUGGGGGGCCUGCUGACCGUCCGAUUGGAUCCCGAGGGCUCAGUUGCUCCCCGCCACAGCCGGAGCCGGAGAAAGGCGGCGGCGGCGGCGGCGGCGGAGAGGUAUCAAAGAAGAGAAAACAAGGGAAGGCGAUUUCCUUGCUUCCGGCGUCCGUACGCAGGAAGAGACUGAGAUGAUGAUUAAAAAGAUAACCGAGGGGAGGAAGGCGGGGGGGCUGCUGACCGUCCGAUGGGAUCCCGAGGGCUCGGCAGCUCCCCGCCGAGGUCACAGAUCAGGGCAAGCACAGGAACAAUGAAUAAUCACCAUGAAAGCUUUUACAAGCCCCUACAAGAGAGAGAAAGAGAGCAGAGCCCCUCCUCCGACCGAACGCCAUGAUUUUUCUCUGGUUGCAGCAGACCCGCUUGUGGGAGAGCGACAACCGCAUCGGGGGGGACCCAAGAAGACAGAACCAGACGAAAUCCUUCCCAAAAAAGAAAGAAAGAAUUAGAAGCCACCUAUCUGCCCUCCCGAAGAAGGCUCCCUGUGGAUGGACUCCGACGGUCUUCAUGCGCGCCCGGAGGAGGGGAUCAUGAAUUGCCCGCAAGCGACCCGAAGAAAAGGAAUUUCUUCUUCUUCCUCUGGCGGCAGCGGCGACUUCAGGCAUAGUACAUGUACAGGCUAUUGGCGGCAGCGCAGGCGAGCGAAUUCUCACUCGGGUGCCAAGCGAGGUGCAGCAACUUGGUCGUGAAAUCGUGCGGACUUCCAUCGGGUUCGGCCCCCAGACUCUCCCCCCCUGCAAAAACACCGCCUCUGAGACGCCAUCGAGUGAAGAAAGAGAUGGAAAUUGA